AUGGAGAUAAAAUCCAUUAUUAUUUACUACCUUCGCUAUGCCUGGGAACUCACAAAAGCCGUCUUAGGCGCCGCCAAGCUUCUGUUCAUCAGUACCCUUCCACUCUCGGGACUCACUAUCAUCCUCUCAUUUACCCAAGGCCUAAUUCUUGGACCAUGGUUCUAUGAAACAACGGUCGAUCAACGAGAUUUUCUUGUGCACGAUAUGGUGACAGUCCAGACAGGCGAAUGGCUCAAAAUGCCCGGCGCCGACAAUCCUCUAUAUGAAAUCCGUGCGCCAUAUUAUAUCCCCCAGCUAUACAACCCCAUGAAGUGGACACGAGAUAUAGGACUCAGCCGACCCGAUGGCUGGCGCACAGAAAACGCAGCGAAAUAUGCUGAGUUCCGAGACUUGUUCCGUGUCCGAAGAUUCUAUGAACCAACUUGGCAUCACUGGAUCUAUCUCUCCGAAAACGAGCAACCUCUGAACGAAACCUGGAAUCAAGACCCUUGGGAUAAAGCAUUCCGAGAGCUACUGGACCACAGAGACAAGCAUGAGAUAUUGGGCAGCAGCAACUUCAACUACCUCACUUGCCCACACAGUUUCCUCUGCGCGACCUGGCGCAUUUCAGGCCCGGCAUUGGUUCACUUUACCAACGAGCCUGUAAGAAAGAUUACGCCUCAAGAAGAAUCUCGCAGGCGAAUCCUUGAUCCUGUCUCAGUUCGAGUUUUCGAGUUUCCUCUCAACGAGACAGUUAUUCCCGGGACGUUUCCGACAUACUUUGAGCAGAUGCGAUCCAUCACAGCAAGUAACUCAACUUAUUGGACGAAAAGAAAGAAGUAUUCAAACUUUGAUCAAGUUACUGUCCAAGCUCGCAAGGUGCUCAAGAAGUAUGAGGAAAAAUAUCCUUUGACAUAUGGCAUGCUUGCCAAAGCGGAGCACAAGUGGACCAGGCUCACUGCUGCAGAAGAUACGAAUCUCAUCUUCUGGCCGCGGCAUGGAUCGUUCAUCGCUGCAGCUGUUCCCAGUUUCUAUGGCGCAAGGUGGUGGGCCAAAGUGAUGAUGUGGUGGAGGAAGAGACAGCAUGAGAAGUCGAUGGGAGGAGAUACUAAGAAGCUUGAAGCUGAUAGAGCGGCACGGGAUCCUGUAGCGUACCAGCUCCAAUGGAUUCUCGAUAGUAUGACCGACGAGGAUAAGGAGAAGUUUGGAAAGACAUACCGGGGACAAGUACUAUUAGAGAGAUUGCAGAAAGGCUUAGAUAACAAAGACUGGGACGGCAGGGAGGAUAUCAUAAAGGAAAUGCAGGGCGCUUUGGGUGCUUGA